GUCUGGAGUUGUCUCACUGUGUCGGGGCCAACUCGCUGGGCCCAGCUGUGCCUUGGAGGUCUGGGGGGCCCUGCAAGAUGAAGAGGGUCCGCACGGUCUUCAAACCAGAGCAGCUGGCGCGGCUGGAGCAAGAGUUCCUCAAGCAGCAGUACAUGGUGGGCACGGAGAGAGUAGACCUGGCGGCAACUCUGCAUCUCACAGAGACUCAGGUGAAAGUCUGGUUCCAGAACCGGAGGAUUAAAUGGAGGAAGCAGAGCAUGGAGCAGAAGGCGGCAAAGCUGUCACAGUUUGGGGUGAUACAGCCUGCCACUGCGGACUCCACGGACAUCAAGGACCACGAGGAGGACACUGUGGAUGUUGAGCUUUGA